UGACGAUGUGGAAUAGAAAACGUGAUAUUAUAUACAACACAAAGUUCAACUUAGCACAGCAUAUAGAGUGGGUAUUUUAGCAGCUAGCGCAGUACUUUGCGACCAAAAUCAACAGCAGUAUGGCGACUGCUACAGAACUUAAUACUGAUUCUACCUCUAGAAAGCGGAAAAGAAAAAGUCCGCCGCGAGAAAACGGACAUUCUAGCCCGGAAAGAAAGCGAUGUUUGGCCCCCAGAGAACCCGCAAUAUUCUACGAACCAGAUUUGACUAUUGCCAGCGAUGACACAGAACCGGAGAAAUUCGAGCCUAUUUCCCUAGAAGAUGCUAAAAGUGGCAAAGCGAAAAGGCCAAUUCGUGUGUAUGCAGACGGCAUUUACGAUUGCUUUCACUUUGGACAUGCUAGAUCUCUGAUGCAGGCGAAGAGAGCGUUUCCUACAGAAGUAUAUUUGAUGGUUGGAGUGUGCAGUGAUGAGCUCACCCACAAGUUAAAGGGUUUCACUGUAAUGACAGAGGAUGAGAGAUACAUGUCUCUUUUGCACAGCCGUUAUGUUGAUGAAGUUAUAAGAGAUGCACCCUGGAUCGUUUCACCAGACUUUAUUGAUAUCCAUAAGAUUGACUUUGUUGCCCAUGACGAUAUCCCUUACAAAACUGCUGGUAUGCAGACUGACGAUGUGUACAAAGACAUCAAGGCCAUGGGUAAAUUCGUGGCUACAGAAAGAACAGAGGGUAUCUCUACGUCAGACAUUAUUGCGAGAGUUGUUAAAGACUAUGAUGUGUAUAUCAGAAGGAACUUAGCUCGUGGUUAUACGGCCAAGGAGCUCAACGUGGGAUUUAUGAAGGAGAAAGAAGUACAAGUUCGUAACAAGGUGGACCAGGUGAAGGAGAAGAUAUCUGUCAAAUCCCAGGAGCUGAUCCAGAAAUGGGAGGAGAAGUCUAGGGAAUUUAUCGGCAGUUUCAUUGACAUUUUUGGUCGAGACGGUCACCUGGAUCGACUGUUCGGCAAAGGUAAAGAACGUAUCUCAGACGUUGGUGAGCGAUUGAAAGGUGCCGGACGUCGCAUCAAACGGGCUCUUUCCCCGGGAAAAUGCGACGAUGACGAGGCCGUCUACUAUUACGAGGACGACGACGUCCCGAGAAAAAUUCCCCGUCUUUCCCUCGACCCAGAAAUUUCCGACGACGAAGAUUCCGCAAAGGGAGCGAAGUUGGUAGACUAAUUAUUUUUUUAUAUUAUUAGUAAAAUUAUAACGCUAUUUAACUGUUUGAUGUAAAUUCGGGGUAAUAUUCCAAAGGGGAAACAGAUAAACUUUUGAUAGUUCUUGUCAAUGAAGUGAGUUGGGUUUUUCGCUUAAAAAAAAAAACAAAAAACAACGCAUUAAUAACGGUAUUAAAGUGUAGAGAGAAACCCGUUUUCGUAAUGAUUAGGGUAAUUACUGCCCUAAAAAUAAAAAAAUUCAUGGUAUUGUUAUAAAGGUUAGUGGGAUCCAUUUCUCUAUAUUCAUUUUUUACUCGAGAAGAAAAUAUCCUGCAUACUGUUCCGUGUUCACAGUGUCACAGAAACAUGUUCUGAGUUUCCAUGAUUCAAAGUUUAUUUUUUUUUUUUUAGAAAUUAAGGCCAAAAACCGUUUCCUGGCUUCCGUUUUUCAAACUUACGGAAUUACAUUAGAAUCUUUUUCGAUUGGUCUGCUCCUUGCGGAGAGGUGACCAAUCAAUGAGUGCUUCAAGGAUUUUGAAUGACGGAGGCUAGAAGGCAAUUUGGCCGUUGGAAAUUGUUGGCUGGAGUCCCUAGAGCAUUGAAAACUGUGGUACAGUGCAUAAGUUCUAAAUUUAAACCAUCCGGUGUUAGGGCAGCAUUAGAGAAUGGUAAUCUAGUAGGUUCUACAUUGUUUCUCUGGUUGUCAUGAUGUUUUCUCUAUUCCUAUUUUACAUAUUAAAAAAUAAAGAUAUUUAUACCAUU